AUGGAUGAAUUCAAGGAAACUAUUAAUCAGAAAGAACAAAUAGAAACAUUAGAAACGAUUGAAAAGGAAGCGGAAAGUCUAAUAGAUACAGAUAACAAACCUAUUGCUGGUGAAGAAUCAUAUUUUGAAUUAAAUGAAGACAUAACUAAUCUUAAAAAUGCAGAAGAUGAAGGUAAUAUUACGUCAAUUCCAGUUUUACUAUACAAUAUUAAGACAUUUCUUGCUAGAUUUGACAAAAUCGACAAAAUUGAACAUUUUACCGAGUUUGAUAUACAGCAUCUACUAAUAAAAUAUAUACAAAUGGUCGAAAAUCCAGACAUACAAAUAUUUGCACUUGAAAUUAUUACUUUAUUAUGCGAAAAAGCUCCAGAUACUAUUUUUAUUUCAUUAAUUGAUGCUGAAUUACAACAAACACUCGCACAUUUAAUGGAAAUAGAACUAUUUAAAUCGAAAUAUUAUGUUUUUACUGCAUAUGGAUUCAUUAUUAAUCGAGAUCAAACUUAUGCAAAAGAAUUGCUCUCAAAUGUCGAUUUUACAAUGAUCAAUGACGCUGCCGUAGAAUGUCAAUCACUACAAAAGAAUGAUGGCGUCAAUUUCUUCUAUUUUAAACUAACAAAAUCAGAUUUUUUCCCAAUUGACUAUUUAUCAGAAUUUAUUGGCAUGUUUUUCAUUUCUCUUAUUAAGAAAAUAGGUGUUAGAUAUACUUUGGCAUCAAUUGACACUUUAAUUCUCAAAAAAUUAAUUAAUCCAGAUAUUCUCAUUGAAUCUUUUAUAUUAGAUAGGAUAUUAUCGAUUAUUUCAUCAUUUGAUGACAUAAUUAACUCGAUGUAUGCUGUAAAAAUACUUGGACACCUUUCAGAAAUUUUUGAAUUCACAAUUGACUUCGAUUUUACGUCAUUAUUGAAUAACAUGGUGCAAUUAGAUGAUAGCUGGCCAAUACAAGUAUUUUGCACAGCAAUGGCCCAAAUAGCUCUUCAUUGUUCUGAUAAUUUAAUUUCAAUUAUUCUUGAAAAUGACAUUUUUAAUCUUUUGGCAUCAUUACAAGAGAGGAGCUUCGAAAACAUGCUAUAUUCUAUAUAUUUUAUUAGUUCUUUAGUUGUUAGAAUCCCAACUAAUUCACUUCUUUCUUUAGUUACUCCUGAUUUUUUGAAUUCUCUGUUUCCAGGAAUUUCUUCUGAUAAUAAUGAAAUUGUUUUCUCUGUUUUGUCGGCGAUUUGGAGAAUUAUGAACACUCCAGAGUUAUCUUUUGUCGUGCAGCAGAGUGAGAUACAAGAUAACGUUGAAGAUAUCGAAAAUCUCGACCAAAACGAAAAAUUGGAAACAAUUUCAUCUCAAAUUUUGGAAAAACUUCCAGAGUUUUUCGAAUAA